CCGAGAUAUUGGGCGUUUGUAAAGCCAGAGCAAAGUCAGCGCAAAGCAAACGGGCAUCGACGUUGAUGGAACUGCCCAGACGACCGCAAGAACAUCAACUCGCUACCAGCCGCCGGGCGUCGCUUGAGUACCUUGGAGAAUUGCUCUUUCGAGAAAGUGCCUCGCCAAACCACAUCCGUCAAAAUGGACCCUCGCGAUAUUCACCAGGCAGUCGUUGACCUGACGUCCGACGAGUGGCAGCCCGCCCAGCGCUUCAUGAGACUCAACGAUCGCCAGCGCCUCGACCGGCUGCGGGCCAUGCAGUUCUGGCAGCCGGGCCAGCCGAACCAGCUCGACUUCGCCGUCGAGCUCUUCCUGCGGCCAGAGCUGAUAGACGCCAUGCCGCACGGCUGCUCGGUCGAGUGGGUGCGGCUCAAGAUCUCGAUGCUGCCCGACAUCGCGCGCCUGCUCGAGACGUGCCAGCCGCCCAACCCGCCCAACCGCGUGUGGGAGGUGCUGCUGCAGAUGGCGUCGGAGCAGUCUAUGAUGCACGAGCGUGUCAUGGCUAUGCUCAGCCGAUAAAGGCCUACGACCGGGGAGCUGUCCCAGAGAGACUUGGGGUCAAGCUGGCGACGGGUGACAGGUGAUGGGGACGAAGUUCGGCACGGGACACGACAGGGAGGACACGGAAGUCGCAACGCAAGAGGAGAUCGGUAUGCUCGGCUCCAGAAAUCAAC